UUAGACCGGAGAAUGAAACAGUUGCCAUUAAGUGACAUAUCUGAGAUAAUAAAACAUUUGUGUAUGUUGGAGGCAUGACUGAUUUACAAGAAUAUGCUGGAUUAGUGGUUCAGCUGGAUUUUAGGUGGAAUAAAGGGAAUGAAUCUGCUCUGGCAAUAUAAAAUAUUGCAAUUUCAUUUUGAGGGUGAUUUUAGGGCCAUUUUGAAGGUGAGUAUCAUAACAAUACGAAUGAUGUCAUCAUCUCGCGCCGAUAGCAACAAGCAUGGCUGCACAGAGCAGUUCGCUAUCCAAAUUGCAGUCUUUAAAUGGUAUAUUUGCCAUUUAUAAGAAACAGGGUCCCACCUCCGCGGAUGUGUUAAACGCACUGAAGAAGGUGCUUUUAAAAGAGGCAGGAAUUGCAAAUCCCAAUCCUCGCAAGAGGAAGAAGCAACCUUUAAAAAUUGGCCAUGGUGGCACCCUGGACAGCAAUGCUUCUGGUGUACUUGUGGUUGGAAUUGGUGAAGGAACAAAGAUGCUCACCACGAUGCUUGCAGGAUCAAAGAAAUACAGAGCUGUUGGAGAGUUAGGCAAAGCAACUGAUACGCUUGACGUCACAGGAAAUGUUGUUGAAGAGAAGAGUUAUGAUCACAUAACAAAAGAGGCUUUUGAGGAGAAGAUGAAGCAAUUCACGGGUGAAAUUAUGCAGGUUCCACCUCUAUAUUCAGCACUGAAGAAGGAUGGCCAGCGCAUGUCUGUCCUGCUCAAGCAAGGUCAAGAGGUGGAGGCUAAACCUGCACGUCCAGUCACAGUGUACAGUCUCUCUUUACAGGACUUCAGCCCGCCGUAUUUCACCAUAGAUGUUGAGUGUGGAGGUGGAUUUUAUGUAAGAAGCUUGGUUGAUGAUCUUGCAAAAGCUCUGUCCUCCUGUGCUCACAUCAAGCAUCUCACUCGGACCAAGCAGGGUCAGUUCAUGCUUGAAGAGCACGCAUUGAAGGAGGAUCGCUGGACAUGGACAGAUAUCUCACAGGCUCUGCAGCCCUGCCCAACACAAUCAGGGCUACAAAAUAAUGCCAAGAAAGCUAAAUCAAAGCAUAAACCUACCAUCUGAAUCUGAGGUUGACAAUGGAGAUCAAAAUGAUUAAAGGUGAUGAAAGGAACCGUCUGAUACACAAAUUGCAUUCUGUGUGAGAGAACUGUAGCAAAUUGUCUGGUCCAUUCUGAUUUGUUCUGGUCUCUGCUACCAUCCAUGUGCAUCUAUCUUCAUGGUCAAGUGAGGAUAAAACAGGUGGCAUCAUCAAAAUAGAUAAUGGAUUAUUAAUGCAUCUGAAUUCACUUAAUGAAAAAAAAAAAGAUAUAUAAUUGAAAGUAGUUAUUUUGUUUGUUAAUAAAUUUCUAUGGUAUUUAAUUUAUUUUCCAGAUCAGUAAAUCUCCUAGACUUUUACGUGUUGUUUUCAUGUUUGGUAAAAACCAUAACAUUUAUAAUAGAAGCAAUACAUAACAUCAGAUUAUUGCAGUACUCAUGUAUUGGAAAAUAGCAAUAAAUCACACCAUUGUUGAAAUGAUUGGGGAUGGUAAGAAUUGUUGUUUCAGAAAGAAGUCUGAAGAAUGCAUUUAUUUGUUUAAAAAAUAGAGUGAAAACUGUAAUAUUGUGCGAUAUUUUAAGAAACUUUUUUAAAAAUGGUAUAUUAUUCCUGUGAUGAAUUACUCAAGUCUUCAGAGUAACACGAUCCUUCAGAAAUUAUUCAUAUAUGUUGAUUUGGUACUUUUGUCAUUGCUGAAAAUGGUUGUUCUGCUUAAAGUAUUUGUGCUAAGUGUGAUACAUUUAGAUAUUUUUUCCAUUAUUUUCAUCUUUUUAAAACAAUCUUUUUGUUACAAUGUAAAAAUCUUUAUUGUUGCUUUUGAUCAAUGUAAUGCAUCCUUCGCGGAAUAAAUUUAAUAAUUAAUCAUU